AUGAAGUCUUUCGGGUUCUUUGCGCUUUCGCUGGCGUCGCUGCCUUUGUGCUCUGGCGCGCCGUCGUUUGCGAGGGGUGAAGAUGCCGCCUCAACGUUCCUUUCUGAGCUGAUUGCAUCGACACAAGCCAUCGAGAAACGGUCCCCGAACGUCUCGUGUCAGCAGAGUGCCCUUGCGGUGGACCUUGGGUAUGCCAACAUCCGGUACGCAGCGCCGCCGACAGGCGCCCUUCGCUGGCAACCUCCUCAACCACCGUCUCCCGAAUUCUCCAAUGGGACAACACCGGCGACCGAAUUCGGUCCCUUCUGCCCGCAAAACUACCCUGCCGUGCCGGCAGCACCGUUCAUCCCCGGCUCCGAAGACUGCCUUUUCCUGAACGUCUAUGCGCCGGCUGGGGCUCAAGACCUGCCAGUGAUGGUUUGGAUUCAUGGUGGCGGAUACGGCUUUGGUGAUGGACGGCAGGAUAUGUCGGAAAUUCUCAACGCGAACGACAAUGGGUUCGUGGUGGUGUCUAUCCAAUAUCGCCUCGGUGCUUUCGGCUUCCUGUCUUCUGCUGAUAUCAAAUCUCGAGGCGUGGUCAACGCAGGAUUGUUGGACCAGGCGCUUGCUCUUGCUUGGAUCCAAAAGCACGCCUGCAAAUUCGGCGGAGAUCGCAAAAGGAUUACGAUUACCGGCGAGUCGGCCGGAGCAGGUUCGGUGAUGUAUCAUGCGCUAGCGGUGGACGGCAGCCUUGGUUCGCUGUUUUUCACAAACGGCAUUGCGGCUUCACCGUACCUCCCGUUUCAGUAUGGGUUCGACGCCGAGUUCCCAACUCAGAGGUAUCAAUCUUUCGCAGAGAAGGCGGGUUGCUCUUCGGAAGCGGACAUUCUCGAAUGCCUCCGAGGAAAGGAUAGCAUGAUUCUUCAAGAAGCUAGCGCAAACACCACUGCCGAGCAGACUUAUGGCCGAUGGGCUUUCUCCCCGGUCACUGAUGGGGUAUACAUCAAGGGCCUGGCCAGUGAGCAGUUGACACAGAAGAAAGUUAACGGCGAACGCCUUCUUGUCGGGAACAACGCCAAUGAAGGCCCUCUCUUCGUACCUCCCAACAUUGCCAGCAACUCCGAUCUCACAGCUUGGCUUAAACUUUCGUUUCCCAACCUUUCAGGGGCACAGAUCGACGACAUCGUAGCAAAGAACCCGACCAAGACCGGAGCAAACGACACCCGCUUCGAAACAAACGGGCUGACGGGUCUCACGGCCCUUGACAUUAGCCAAGCCGGGGCGGGACCACUGCAGCAAGCCAUCAACAUAUAUGCCGAGCAAACGUUCGUCUGCCCGAGCUACUGGCUCUCCUCCGCCUUCACAGGCCUCAAGUCUGCCUGGCACUACCAAUACUCUGUCCCCUUUGCCUGGCACACCUCUGAUGUCCCCGCAUACUUUGGGCCGGCGACCCUGAACCAAGGGCCGGAGUUCGUUCUCGCCUUCCGAAAGAUCUGGGGCAACUUCGUUACGAAGAAUGACCCGUCUAUCAGCAAUGAAGAGGCGAACGGUGCAUCGAGCGCUGAGGCUAGUGCGACGAAUGGGGCGAGCCAGUGGCCUGUUUGGACAGAGACGGAGCCGAAGCAGUUGAAUCUUAACCAGACGGGCGGCGUACCGUAUCAGUUCACCACCCAGUGGGGUGUAACCGUGACGCAGUUCCAAGCACCCGGACAGGUGAACGCGAUUGCUGUCGUGCCUGCAGAUUCGUGGGAGGGCGGACGCGGGUCUAGAUGCGAAUUCUGGAAGACGAUGGCACCGAGCAUCCCGGCGUAA